UCAUCAUGGCACCAAAACGCAGCAACAGCGCCAACAGCACAACCAGUGCAUCCAAGAAACUAAAACUCUCAGCACCUGGAUCCUUAGAUCACAUGACACUGCCAUCUGAACUGGAGGGUAAAAUAGACUUUAAACCAGUUUGCACCACUAAAGAGGGUCUACCCUGGAAUUUGAAGAUUGUAUCGUGGAAUGUUAAUGGUAUUAGAGCGGUGGUUAAAAGCAAUAAGCUAGACUACCUGAAGUUUGAGGAUGCUGAUAUUGUGUGUUUUCAGGAAACUAAAUGUUUCGAGGCUGAUUUCCCGGAAGCUGCUAAAUUCCAGGGAUACCACAGGUUUUAUAACUCAGCGGCUAAGAAAGGGUACUCCAGCACUGCUGUCCUUUCUAAAGUGAAACCAGUUUCCGUUACAUACGGUAUUGACAUUCCUGAACAUGAUAAUGAGGGUCGAGUCAUUACAGCGGAGUACGCGAACUUUUACCUUGUGAAUGUGUACGUGCCUAACUCCGGGCAGAAAACAGUCAGACUACCUUACAGGAGGAAAUGGAAUGUGGACUUCUUGGCUUAUUGCCAGGAUUUGGAUGCUAAAAAGCCAGUUGUUGUUGCUGGUGAUCUCAACGUAGCACACACUGAAAUUGAUCUGGCUAACCCCAAAACGAACACUAAAAACUCUGGUUUCACCCCAGAGGAACGGGGUGACUUCACCACGCUGCUUGACGGUGGGUUUAUCGACACAUUCCGACAUUUCUACCCUGAUAAAAUUGGGGCCUACUCCUUCUGGACCUAUAUGUCCAACUCGCGGAAGAGAAAUGUGGGUUGGAGAAUAGAUUAUUUCUUGGUUUCAACAAGGUUUAUGGGUAGAAUAGCAGCAAGUGAGAUAAGGGAGUUAGUGCUGGGUAGUGAUCAUUGUCCUAUCAUGUUGUUAUGUGCUGAUCUAGGGCGUGAGGUUAAAGAUGAGGUGAAGAGUGAGGUGAAGGAUGAGGUUACUAGUGAGGUUACUAGUGAGGUUAAAGGUGAGGUUACUAGUGAGGUUAAAGAUGAGGUUACUAGUGAGGUUAAAAAUGAUACUACUAAAGGAGUUGCUAAGUUGGAGGACGGGUCUAAUCAAGAUAAAGACGAGAAGAAUGGAGCAGAGGAAGAACAUGUCAAGUUGAGUGAGGAUAUUGAAAAUGUUGAAAAUUUGGAACCCAAAGUGGAGGGUGUUGAUGGUAACGACAAAGACAUGGAAGUUGUUGGAAAUGGUGGUAUUCAGAAUACUAACGGUGUUGAAGCUUAAGGUAGUGAAGUUGUUGUUCUUCGCAUUUCAUCAAAACUAUGAAAUGUUAUGUUUGUAGUUUAGUUAUUGGUUAACAAAUAGGCAGAUAUAUUUUUGCUUAUUGUAUGCCCUGGACCCUGGUAUGUUAUUCUAUUUAACAAUAGUAUCAAAUUAAUUUAUUGUUUUUAACAGCAUUGUUUUUAUCAACAAUAUAAUGUAACUUAUUUCAAAUAAUAU